UGAGGGAGCGCGCGCGGGCGCGCGGCAGCGGCAGCCUCUCGCGGCGCAAUAGACGGAAGGGGAAAGAGCCGCGGACCACCCCGCUCGUCCGCACCGACAGGAGUCUCCCGUCUCACCCAUUCCGAGCCCGCCGGUUGCGGGGAAGCUGAGGAAGUGGGCUCAAUGCGCAGGCGCCGCCGCCCGGGCCCCCCUCGCUCCCCUCCCCGCCGUGCCCCGCCAGCAUGAGCCAAGGCGCCGCCGCCGCCACGGCCCUGGCCCCGCCGGGCGCCGCCUCCCGCGCCCUGCACGUGGAGCUCCCUUCCCAGCAGCGGCGUCUUCGUCAUCUGCGGAACAUUGCAGCACGGAACAUCAUUAAUAGGAAUGGUUAUCGCCUUCUUGACACCUACUUCACCCUUCAUUUGUGUGAUAAUACGAAAAUAUGUAAAGAAUUUUAUAAGAGUGAAAUAAUAAAGAAUUCUCUGAAUCCAACAUGGCGAAGUCUUGACUUUGGUCUAAUCCCCGAUCGUCUCGAUACAUCCGUGUCCUGUUUUGUGGUGAGGAUAUGGGGUGGCAAGAAUGAUGCCCAUCAGCUACUGAUUGAGUGGAAAGUCAAUCUAGAUGGACUCAAAUAUUUGGGCCAGCAGAUACAUGCUCGGAGCCCGAAUGAAAUCAUUUUUGGGCUGAACGAUGGCUAUUAUGGAGCCUCAUAUGAACAAAAGGGCCACUCAGGAACCCAGAAGAAUAGCCUCCUCCAGGUGGAUCAGAACUGUGUUCGCAACUCAUAUGACGUCUUCUCUUUGCUUAGACUCCACCGGGCCCAAUGUGCAAUUAAACAGACUCAGGUAACUGUUCAGAAAAUAGGAAGGGAGAUUGAAGAGAAACUGAGGCUUAGAUCUACAAGCAAUGAGCUGAAAAAAGAGAGUGAAUGUUUACGGUUGAAGAUUUGGGUGCUUCGGAAUGAGCUGGAGAGGCAGAAGAAAGCCCUGGGCCGAGAGAUGGCCUUACUGCAAAAGGAACAAAGCGCACUAUAUGACAAAGGAAAUGUGUUUGAAGAAGAAUAUCAGAAGCUCCGAAUGGAUAAAGAACCCUUGCAAGAAUUAAGGAAAGAAUGCACUGCUAAGAGAGAGCAAUUCUUGAAGACCAAUGCACAGCUGACUAUCCGAUGCAGACAGUUACUUUCAGAGCUUUCUUAUAUUUACCCUAUUGAUUUGAAUGAUCAAAAGGAUUAUUUUAUCUGUGGAGUCAAGUUGCCCAAUUCUGAAGACUUCCAAGCAAAGGACGAUGGCAGCAUUGCUGUUGCGCUGGGAUACACUGCUCAUUUGGUCUCCAUGAUUUCUUUCUUCCUGCAAGUGCCACUCAGGUAUCCUAUAAUUCACAAGGGCUCCAGGUCUGCAAUCAAAGAUAAUAUUAAUGACAAACUGACCGAGAAGGAAAGAGAAUUUCCAUUAUAUCCAAAAGGAGGAGAGAAACUGCAGUUUGAUUAUGGCGUCUAUCUUCUCAACAAAAAUAUUGCACAGCUUAGAUACCAACAUGGGCUGGGGACUACAGAUCUAAGGCAGACUCUUCCUAACCUGAAAAACUUCCUGGAGCAUGGGCUCAUGGUCAGAUGCGAUCGUCAUCACACUUCCAGUGCUAUUCCAGUUCCAAAGAGACAAAGUUCCACGUUUGGGGGUUUGGAUGUCAGCUUCUCCAGCAGCCAUCCUUCUCCAGACAAGGGACUCCGAAAACGGGCCAACUCGGAGAACGAGAGACUGCAGUACAAGACUCCGCCUCCAAGUUACAACUCUGCUUUAACACAGCCCAUUGCCAUUGUAGGAGAGCCUGAGAAAAAGGGUGGGUCUCUGUCCUCUUCUCUAGAUACCUCCAUUGACUUCUCAAAAGAAAACGAAAAGGGAGAGCAUUUGUGUGACAGUUUAAAUGGCGAAACCAGGAGCCUACACAAUGUCCAAGACCGGCAAGAAUCUUACCUGGGACCUGCUCGUGCAACCAAUGGCACGAUCUUGCCGGCCGAGCAUCCUGGUGCCACAACCAAUGAGCAGCCGUGUGUGUUCCGCACCCCACUUGGUGCUGAUCUCCUUUGCACAGUUGAGCAGGCAGAAGAGAUCAUGGGGAUGGAAGCCACGGGAUUUGGGACAGGAGACCAGCUCGAAGCCUUUAAUUGCAUCCCUGUGGAACACGCUGUAGCAGUGGAAUGUGAUGAACAAGUCCUUGGGGAAUUUGAAGAAUUCUCCCGAAGGAUCUGUGCACUGAACAAGGACGCCCCCACUUUCCGCAGGCCACGAAAGGGUUCGGACAAGUGAGCUUUGGGCACCAGGCUGGUGGAGGUGUGGUGGUGGUGGUGGUGGCACAUUACCAAGGUGAAACUAUAUAUCUGCAAUGAAGAUACAACUUGCACUCAUAAUCCCUGAUCAUUUAUGGGGUGGAAUUGUGGGUUGGGGGCGGGGGGAAGAGCCGUUGCUAUAGUUUUGGGAAGUCAAUUUUGAUUACACACAAUCAUGGUAUAUCCACAGUCCAGGUAAACACCCACUAUUUCCCAGCCUAGUUUCCUAGUAUUUACAGAUUGCUUUGGCACUUGGAUCAGGCUGUGGUAGCUGUCUGCUUUAAGUUUUAUUAUUUAGAUAUUUCAACCAAUUGAGCGGGAAGGAUGAGUUAAAUGUUUACCUGAAGAUGAACGAACGAGUGUGUGUGUGUACAUACACUUCAAAAGCUUGUUGCAUUCAACUAGGUCUUGCAGUCCAGUUCAGCGGCAAGCACAAAUGGUUUUCUUAGUUUGGGAAACGAGCAGGAAACUUCAGGAGACUUGUCUCUCUCAAUAACACAUGGGUAAAAGCAUGUAAAAACUUUUUCUCUCACACUAUUUGAUUUCCUUUCUUCCCACGUGCUCUUGUUGCCAGCAGUCACUGAGCAGUUGUGCAUAGCUCAGAGGAAUGAAUGGGACUUAUGCAAGAGCACUUGCAUGAGUCCUACUCAUUUAAAUGGGUUAUGUGCAGGAGAUGUUCCCAGUGGAUUGAACCCAUUGCUUUUAGGUAAAUAAUUUGGGGAUCAGAGACAAAAUGUGCUUAAGUGUCACCCCAGUCUUAUCAUUGUAUAACAGAUGACUCCUCUCCAGCUUAGGAGUACACCACACAUUUUUGUCUUGAGCUAGCAGACACAUGUUGUGUGCUCCCAGACCAGCCCUGCAAAUGGAAGCUGCUGUUUUUGGAGUGUGUCAAAUCUUGCGCCUGUUUGGUAGAUGGUCGAUGUGCACUACAAGUGUGUUUCAUGGGACCAUAAAAACAGAUAAGGAAAUCACCCUUAAGCACAUCAUUAUUUUCAGACCUUCAUUGAGCUCUGAAGCAGUUUACAGAUGUGCAAGUCAGACUUUAUCUAUACAGUGCAAUAGAUUUGGGGUUACAUGAAUUAAUAGUACUUAAUCCUUUUUAAAAAAAAUAAAUCACACCAAUCAACCAAACCAUUCAACUGGAGGUGUCUCCUAUAAUUUAUCAGUGGGGCAAGUUUGACUCUAGAUGAGGUAGUUUACCACUGGCGCACGUGUUUCCAACUGCACUAACAUACAAGUAGAUGUUGCAGUCUGCUUGAGAUUCCCAACAAUAUGCAUUUUGGAGUUCAGAUGAGUCUGGCUCUUGCUUUCUACAUUGUAUACCGAAGUCUGGGCUCAGUUGUGGGCUCAUAAAUAUAUAUAUAUAUGUAUAGCAGAAUAAAAGUUUAAUUUACUUCA